ACGUAUUUUGGCUUACGCCCGAAGAUAACGCAGUUUGUAUCGUUCUUGCACGUGUGUAAGUAAAUUUCUUUUGAACCCCACGAUCAAUAUACAACAGAGUGAGUGUAAAAUACCAGCAAACAGGUGGAUAUAGUCGAUUGUAGCGGAUCCUGCAGGACCAUCUGGUAUGGAAAGGCCAUGAGCAUUCUGACGUUACAGUUUGGGCAAUGCGGAAAUCAGAUCGGAAAAGCCCUAUACGAAGAAUUGUACAGCGACAUCAAAACUGAUGUGUCCAAAACCGGCGUCGGUAAAAAGGCGAACGUUGAGUAUGUGACAGAGUCGGUGAAGAAGUGGUUCACUGUCAACAAAAGUGGAGCUUUGGAAGUUAGAUCAAUACUAAUAGAUACCGAAAGUAAAGUAGUGGCUAACGUUACCGCCAAUGGUCAUUACAAAUUUCGCAACGUCGUGGCGAAAUCGCAUGGGGGAGCGGCGAAUAAUUGGGCAUACGGGUAUACCACGAAAAGCGAGCUGUUAACGAAAGACAUUCAAGACGGAGUGAGAAAGGAGAUUGAAAGGGAUGGAACUGUCUUGGGUAUCAUGGGAAUUUUGGGAUCGGCUGGUGGUACCGGUUCGGGCGUAGGGAGCAGGACGCUCGAAAUACUCCGGGAUGAAUACCCCAAGAAACUCAUCACUGGCGUGGUUGUGCUGCCGUACAAACGCGGUGAAGUUGUCACUCAAAGCUAUAACAGCCUACUAACUCUGGCAAAAUUAUGCAACGUAACUGACGGAAUUUACUUAUACGAAAACGACACCAUGCACAAGAUGUGCUCGAAGCUUUUAUCGGUAGCUAACGUCACAUUCCUGAACAUUAACAGCCUGAUUGCUCAACAGUUAGCUGCGACGUUUCAGCCCUUACAAAACACAAGUGUUUGGGACAUACAUAAAAGUUUAACCCCCCAUCCUAUAUUCAAGCUAAUCCAAGUGAAAAGUGCCCCGCACGUUUCCAAGGAGUAUUUGAAAUUCGAGGCUCCGACAACGUGGUCCGUACUUAUCAAUCAAAUCAGAAAUUCAAUUAAACCGGAUUUGCAAGACUAUUUGGGAAAAUUUAACAGAAGGAUGCAGUGUACGGGUAACGCACUGAUCGGCCGAGGGAGUACGCCUUUUACCGCUGAUGACUUAUCACAGAUCGCCGACUCCGCUUUGUACGUCGGAUGGGUACCUUCACAGUACUGUUUAUCAAAUUUUUAUCACAUCAGAAGCUUUAAGGAUAAUAAAAAAUUUGUAACUUUUUUAACAAAUAACAAUUAUGCGUGUUUGUCUCUAAAGGGAGUGCUGGAUGAUGCAUGGACGUUGUUUGGCAGUAGAGCGUACCUGCACCAUUACCAACGUUUUAAUAUUGAUGAGCAGUUCUUUUUGGAUUCGUUUGAUGCGUUUGAGACUUUAUACGAAUCAUACAAAGGUUUAUAGUGACAGGUGCAGUAUUUUUAAGGGUGCAUGUAAAUAAAUGGAUUUUAGAAAUUUCGAGUUUUGAGUUCUCAAUAGUUCUGUUAUUUAAACGCAAAUUAAUAUAUAAUGUAAUAUUGGUUACCCCCUAAUUGGUAAUCUAAAUGCCUACGAAUAAAUAUU